AUGCAGCGCGCGUCCCUUGCGUCCGCUCUGCUGCUCUGCUCCUUCUUCGCGCAGCCGUCGCAGGCGCUCCUCGACGGCACGCGCGGCGCCGGGGCGUACAUUUCUCGGCUGCUCGGCGAGGGCUACGGCGACGAGAAGGUCCCCAUGUCCGUCGUGGUGCCGUCGGUGCCAGAUUACUCCCCGCUGCCGGCACCGACCGCUGUCGCUGUCGCCGCGCCCGCGCCUGCGCCCACGCCAACGCCGACGCCGACGCCGGUGCCCGGCUCGGAGGACUACAUGCCGAAGCUGCCGUCUGACAGGCUGAGCCCUGGGGCGCCGGCCAACGGCAAUGCGGGCUCGCCCGCGCCUGCCGCGUCGGGCGACGGGGCGAGCACCGCCUUCAUCAGCAGCAACCCCGCGGUGCCGCUCCCCGCCGGCGUCACCGACUCCGCCACCGUCCUGCCCAUGCCCACCCCUGGACAAGAACAACGGCAGGACAUGGGGAUGGGCACCCUGCUUCAGGCCAGCGCGGUGCCGCUGGUCGCUCCUCUCCUCAUGGUGCUGUACUUUUGA